AUGUGGUUUCAUGAUCUUGCUUCAUAUUUCAAACUCCUUGGAAAGAUUGUUGAAAAGGAAAGACCAAAGGUUUAUGUUUCUUGGAUUCUGUUUUUCUAUCCGAUUUUUGGAGUCUGUCAUCCGGACUCGGCACAGAUACUGUAUAAAUCAUCAGCACCAAAAGCGUUUGCUGUCGGAGGGACCUACAGAUAUCUAAGAGAUUGGAUAGGCGAUGGUUUGUUGAUAUCUGAUGGAAAGAAAUGGGAACGGAAUAGACGACUUUUGACCCCAGGCUUCCAUUUUGAAAUACUUAAACCAUACGUUAAAGUGUAUAACAGUGUUACAGAUGUAUUCCUUGAAAAACUGAAGGUGUAUGCUAAAAGUGGUGAGGCAAUAGAUAUAUUCCCGCGUGUAGCUCUAGCAACUUUGGAAACUAUAUUAAGAUGUGCCUUUUCAUACCGAGGAAAUAUACAAGAUCAGGGUUCAACUGAGAAAAAAGAAGGAAAACCUACAAAGCGUCAUCUUGAUUUCCUAGAUAUACUUCUUACAGCCAAAGAUGACAAUGGAAUAGGACUUUCUGAUGAAGAUGUAAGAGCUGAAGUGGAUACGUUUUUGUUUGAAGGUCAUGAUACCACUGCGUCUGCAAUUAGCUGGACUAUAUACUGUUUAGGAAAAUAUACCGAAGAGCAGGAAAAAGUAUAUACAGAAAUAUCAAAGUUAUUAGUAGAUAAAUCAGAGGUAACUUGGGAAAAUCUGCAGGAGAUGCCGCGCCUUACAUCAUUUGUAAAAGAAUCUAUGAGGAUGUUUGCACCAGUGCCGGUAACAGCACGACUAUUGAUGUCGCUAAUGAAGUUUGGUGACAUAGUUGUACCUGCUGGUGUUCAUAUAGAUAUUAAUAUUCACUCGAUUCAUCAUCAUCCAGAUGUUUGGCCUGAACAUGAGGUAUUUAGACCGGAGAGAUUUUUACAGGAAGACAUAACUGACAGACAUCCUUACAGCUACAUACAUUUUGCUGCUGGAUCAAGGAAUUGUAUUGGACAGAAUUUUGCAAUGAACGAAAUAAAGGUUAUCAUCAGUAGAUUAGUUCAGAGAUACAAAGUAUCACUAUUAGAUGGUCAUAAUUAUGAUAUCAAUCCAGAACUUGUUAUGAGGGCAACACAUGGAAUCAAAGUAAUAUUGGGAAAUCGGCAUUUGGGACCCUCAAGGGGAAUAGAAGUGAAAGAGAAGACUAUUGUUUGGAAAUAA